AGCCAAGUCAUGAUAUUUUGUCAAUGAUACUUUUCUACUUUUCUCUAGUCACAGAACCCUGAACGAAACCCUAGCUACCGUUUGUACUCACCAAUAUUAUCCACAUCAUCAGCCACCACCACACACACAGUGUUCAUCGAGCACAGAAUAUCUUCAACACCGUAGCGAAUCGCCGAUUCUUCACGCAAAAAGGACAGUGAAUAUGGCUAGAAAAGGUUUAAUGGAGCAGGAUUUGAGCAAGCUGGAUGUAGCAACGCUGCAUCCGCUUUCUCCGGAGGUUAUAUCUCGUCAGGCGACGAUUAAUAUUGGUACUAUUGGUCAUGUGGCUCAUGGGAAGUCAACAGUUGUAAAAGCUAUAUCUGGUGUACAGACUGUUCGGUUCAAAAAUGAGUUGGAGCGUAACAUUACUAUCAAGCUUGGGUAUGCCAAUGCUAAGAUAUACAAAUGUGAAGAUGAAAAGUGCCCUCGACCCAUGUGCUACAAGGCCUAUGGAAGUGGAAAAGAAGAUAGCCCUCCUUGUGACGUUCCUGGAUUUGAGAACAGCAAGAUGAAACUGAUGAGGCAUGUAUCGUUUGUUGACUGUCCAGGACACGAUAUUCUCAUGGCCACUAUGCUUAACGGAGCAGCUAUCAUGGAUGGAGCGUUACUUCUCAUAGCAGCAAAUGAAAGUUGCCCCCAACCUCAGACUUCUGAGCACUUGGCUGCUGUUGAGAUUAUGAGGCUCCAACAUAUUAUAAUUCUUCAAAACAAGGUUGAUCUAAUUCAAGAAAAUGUAGCCAUUAACCAACACGACGCAAUUCAGCAAUUCAUCCAGGGAACGGUUGCUGACGGUGCACCAGUGAUCCCGGUGUCAGCUCAGCUUAGGUAUAAUAUCGAUGUGGUGUGCGAAUACAUAAUAAAAAGGAUUCCCAUUCCAGAGAGGAACUUCAUUUCACCUCCCAAUAUGAUAGUAAUCCGUUCGUUUGAUGUUAAUAAGCCUGGAUCUGAGGUUGAUGAGAUUAGAGGUGGUGUGGCGGGUGGAAGUAUCCUCAAGGGUGUGUUGAAGGUAAACCAGCAUAUUGAGGUCCGUCCAGGGAUUGUUGUUAAAGACGAGAGUGGUAACAUCAAGUGCACCCCAAUUUACUCGAGAAUCGUGUCACUAUAUGCAGAGCAGAAUGAACUUCAAUUUGCCGUACCUGGAGGCCUUAUUGGUGUUGGAACAACAAUGGACCCUAUGUUGACCCGUGCUGAUCGGUUGGUGGGUCAAGUUCUUGGAGAGGUCGGGUCUCUUCCUGAUGUUUAUGUCGAACUUGAGGUGAACUUUUUUCUUUUGCGUCGGCUGCUUGGUGUGAAGACAAAAGGAACAGAAAAGCAAGGGAAGGUAUCAAAGUUGUCAAAGGCGGAAAUACUGAUGUUGAACAUAGGAUCAAUGUCGACUGGGGCUCGUGUUUUGGCAGUUAAGAAUGAUUUAGCAAAACUGCAGUUGACGGCACCCGUCUGUACGAGCAGAGGGGAGAAGAUUGCUCUGAGCAGGAGAGUUGAGAAGCAUUGGCGGUUAAUCGGGUGGGGACAAAUUCAAGCUGGUUUGACUCUAGAGAUCCCACCUUGUCCGAUUUAGAGUUUUAGACGACUUUUGAACUCCAGUUUUGCCUGCGCUGCUGAUACUCUUCUUUGCUACUUCUGAUUCUUGGUUAUCCGUUUGAGUUUUUGUAGCGUUUGUGAUUUUAUACUAUUCGAUUUGCUUUGAACAAAUGCUUUGCAUGGUGUUUGUGGAGAGGAUCAUAAGACGAGUGCUUUUCACCAUCAAAUGUUUUAAUUAUUGGUUAUUUUUUAUUAA